AUGGAGAAUGGUGCAACAGUACAUGAUCAUGUUUUCAAAAUGAUCGGCCUAAUUAAAAAUAUGGAGAAACUGGGACACCCAUACAGCCGGGAAAUGGCUACUGAUAUAAUUCUCCUCUCACUUUCAGAUUCUUUCAAUCAGUUUAUCAUGAACUUCAAUAUGUCCGAGGUUGACAAGACAUUGAAUGAGUUGCAUGCCAUGCUGAUUAGUGCAGAAAAACAUAUCCCUAAGAACAAUAAGAAGGAUGUUCUUAUGGUCCAAAAGGGAAAGGGGUUCAAGAAAGAGGCUAGCAAGAAGAGUAAGGGCAAGAAAAUUGCCAAGGCUCUAGAAAAGCCCAAGUCUACUCUUAAGCCCAAGGUAGGAGUUGCAAGCGAAUGCUUCUACUACAAGAACAAGGGGCAUUAG